UGUGUACUAUAUGGACAAAUAGUGCAAUUGUGCAACCAGUAAAUUCAUCACGGUUUUCUCAGGAAGUCCGGUUGGUUAAAAUCUAUCCACCGUCCACCGUGAGUACAAAGGUGCUCGUGGCAAUUGUAGCUCCAAAGCCACUAGAGCAAUCGCAGUCCCAAGCCAUUACAGUAAGGCUCCCCAUAUGUGAUCUACAAGCCAUCUCCACAGCCCCCAGGUGGCACCAUCCCCAGCAAUCCAAACGGUUCUUUAGGCCGUCCAUAUGGGACCACCCUCAGCAGCAGCGAGCGAACUCAACCGAUGAGAACUCCAACCAGAAGUAGGGCAUCAGGAUGGUCAGAAAGGGGUCAGGGGAAGGGGUCAGGAUCACUGGAAUCUCAGAAGUAGCAUGUGUAGCUCGACAGAGAGUGAGGGAGAAAGAGAGAUGGAGAGAGAGGGAGAGAUUGUUAGGUAAGCUUUUGUCCUCUAAUGGUUAAGGACAAUGUACUUUGAGUGCAGAGUACAAGCAGGGACAAGGGGCAAGACUAGCUAUGACAGCAUAACUAAAAGGGAGAGCCAGAAGCUAACACAUACAUGAAGGCACCCUGGGACAUAAGGCAGCCAGCCACUCCACCGUCGACAAACGACAGACUGAUUCGUUCUGAUUAUGCGAAUGGUCUAGAUUAUGCUGUCAUAGAAAUGUAUUCAGCCCUUUCUGACAAUCAGAUUUGAUAAUUCAGCAGUGCUGUGGUAUAAUUUGUAUAUAUCACAUGACCAAUUGACUGCUUUUCUUUGUUAUGCUAAACCACAUUGCUUUUUAUUCCGUACUGAAAUGUUGGGAAAUUCAGCUUAGCUCUGCCCAGAAUGAACAUUACCACAUAUCUCAUUCUCACAAGUUUUCCUUAGAAUUAGGAAAGCUCAGUGCCUAAAACAUUUAGUAGCUGGGCAAAGUAAUCAAGUGCCAAACAUCAUGAGUGUCUCCAUAGAGCCCCAUACUCAUUACAAAAACAGAAGUGUGAAAAAACAAAGACCUCAAACACCAGCAUGUCAUUUCAGUUUUGGCUUUGAGCUCCAAAGGACUAUCAGAUUUUCAUGACUGUUUAAUGUUUGAUGCUGAAACGCAAUGAUGUUGAACAACAGCAGUGAUCUUUGGGAGGUCACAACAUUCAGCACAACAACAUAUGAUUACUCUGAUUUUGAAACUGUUGAACCAUGUGAUUAUGGAACCCAUGCAAGACAUUUUCUCCCAGUGCUCUACUCCCUAUUCUUCAUUGUGGGCUUCCUGGGAAACAUGCUGGUGUUGUGGGUGAUCCUGAGGGGUGCUCAUUUGAAAAGCAUGACUGAUGUGUCUCUCCUGAACCUGGCCAUUGCUGACCUUCUACUAAUCUUCUCUCUCCCCUUCCUGGCUCACUAUGCCAGAGAUACCUGGGUUUUUGGCAGUUUCAUGUGCACUCUGGUCCUCGGUGUGUACUACAUUGGAUUUUAUGCCGGCAUUUUCUUUAUUGUGCUGAUGAGUGUCGAUAGAUACUUUGCUAUUGUCCAUUCUGUGUUUGCCUUGAGAAUCCGAACAAAGGCUUAUGGGAUUUUAGCUAGCAUGGUCAUCUGGAUUAUAGCUAUUGCAGCAUCAUUUCCCGAGCUACUGUAUCUUGGAGUUGAAACUAAUAAGAAAGAAGUACUUUGCAGUGCUUAUCCGAAAGGUAAAGGUCACAAUGAUGUGAGAAGUGCAGCUUUCAUUAAAAUGAAUGUUUUGGGCCUGCUAAUUCCACUGAUUAUUGUGGGAUUUUGCUACUCGAUGGUGCUCCGGAGGCUUCGGAGCCUUCGUACAUCCAAGAAACUGGCCAUUCGUCUUGUUGCUGUAGUCAUGGUGGUCUUCUUCUGCUGUUGGAUACCAUACAACAUUGCAGCAUUCCUCAAAGCACUGGAACUGAAGCUCAUCCUGCCUCCAGGGUGUGAGCUCAGCAAAAGGAUCCAGCUGAUGCUGCAAGUCACUGAAGCCGUGGCAUACUCACACAGCUGCCUCAAUCCAUUCCUCUAUGUGUUUGUGGGUGAAAAGUUCAGGAGGCACCUCGCCAGGCUUCUGCGCCAGACGCCAUGCAUCCAUGUGCAGUGUAUGAAGAGCUACAUGACCCAGGCCGCAGCCUCUGUGUAUUCACAGACCACGAGUGUGGAAGACCGCUCCACUGCGUUCUGAAUGGUGGCGGUUUUCAGAGAAACAUAUAAUCUUAUUUCACAACUCAGCUUACCAUUCCAUGCUCUGUUUUUAAAUGUUCUGUACACUUUCAGAAAAAAAGUAUACUAAACUGUACCUUUCCUUUUCAUUGGAGUAAUACCUUUAUCUUUUGUACCUCUAAUAUGUAUCCUUAACCUGAAAAUGUGGAUAUAGUGUAUCUCAUACAGUAUAGUGUAAAAAUUAAAAGUACAUAAUUGGACUAUAAUUACCUGUUAGAGUAAAGUCUGGAUUAUAUUUGCUUUUAAUGGAGGUCACAGCUCUGUGUAGGCCAUUUGUGUUCUUCCACACCAUCCUUGGCAAACCAUGUCUUUAUAAACCUCACUUUGUACACAGGGGCAUUGUCAUGCUGCAACACAUUUGGCCCUUUAGUUCUAGGGAGGUUAUAAUGCUACAACAUACAUAGACAUUCUAGACAGUUCCAAAUUUGUGGCAACAGUUUGGGGAAGGCUCACAUAUCGGUGUGAAGGUCCACAUGCUUUUGGCCAUAUAGUGUAUAGAACUAAGAGUUCCACAUUUUCUAGUAUUGCAACCUGGAAUUGAAAUGGACUUAUUUGGGAUAUUAGCCCAAUUAACACCUUAUAACACAGUGAACUAUGGUGGUGGUAGGAUCAUGUCAGGUUGACAAUUACCCUUGGCUUAUUAUUAUUAUUAUUAUUAUUAUUAUUAUUAUUAUUAUUGGCCUACCUAUCAUUAAUAUUGAAAUGGGAGGAAAAAUCAAUAUAGUUUGCAAUGUUAUUUACAAUUUAAAAAAAAAAAUGUUGCCAGAAACCCCCUAAUUUAGUGCAAGCAAUUGCCACUAGAUGUCUCAUACUGUAACUAGUUCAAUUGUAAGGGUUAUUUCAAGCAGAUUCAUGAAAUCCCAGUUUAUUUCCAGGUUUUAAUACUAUAAAAUGUUGUAUCUAGAGGGUUAAUUACUAUAAUUACUUUAUAGUUGCACUGUAAAUAAAGGUAUAGAAAAAUACAUUUAAAAAAAAUGCCAUGAAGAUUUUAAUAUAUUAAUUUACUAUUCUGACUUCUCACUAGUAGUUGUGCUUACUAAUAUAAAGCUUUACUGAGCUCAUCCUUAUGACUUUUUAAAUAAUACUGUGAUGUCAUUUAUUAACAUAGUUUUGAGUCAAUUCCAUACAUUAUCAUGUAGUGAUUUCAGCUAAUAACACUGUUUAGAACUUGUAUUUCUGAAGAAUGAUGGAAACUGGUUUGAAAAAAAAAACAAAAAGUUUUUUUUUCAUAUAUUAUGAAAUGAAAGCAGUUCCUUUUUUCUUCUCUUUUUUCUUGGGGUUACUUGGUAAACAUAUUUUUAAAGGGGUGAAUUAUUGCAUCUGUAGAGGUUUUUGGUGGUCUUCUGCUAUAGCAUUAUUCAUGGUGUGCAUGUACUCAUUUUCUUCUUAUUUGACGACUGAGUCUUUGUUCCUAUCUGAAGAAUCGCUCAAUGCAUCUUCCCAUUCUCAUACACUUUAUCUAAAUCUAUUUUUAAGACAACUUCAGAUGAAAUUUUGCCAAAGCAGCAGUAUGUGUAAGUUGUAACAUUUUACUGCUUUAAAGGAUGAAAUAAAUAAUGAUAAUUAUCUUUUACAUGUGCAUCUUUCUCAUUUCAGUUCUGUUCAUUGAAUUUACAGCAUAUAAAUUAUAUAGACAGAAAAAGCAAACAGAGAGAGAGAGAGAGAGAGAGAGAGAGACAGAG